AAAAUAGGGAACUGAAGCUUCCAGAAUCGACGACUCUCUGAGUCAAUCAGUCAGGGAUUUCAUCGUUCUAAAACUUCCGGCGACGUUGAUCGGAGAUGGCUGUGAUUGAAGCCGCCGCGCCAGAGAAGCCGAAGAAAGAACCAACCGAUGACGAGAAGAGGAGGAUGAAAAUAGUGGCCGGAAGCUUGAUGAAAGCAGUGAUCAGACCUGGCGGAGGUGAUUCGACACCUUCUGAUGGUGAUCAGGUCAUUUAUCAUUUCACUGUUAGAACAUUGGAUGGAGUUAUUGUUCAAUCUUCAAGAUCGGAAUACGGCGGCAAGGGAAUCCCCAUCCGAAGUGUUUUGGGAAAGAGCAAGAUGAUAGUUGGAUUGCUAGAAGGAAUUCCAACAAUGCAGAAGGGUGAAAUUGCAAUGUUGAAAAUGAAACCUCAAGUGCACUAUGGUGAGGAUGAUUGCCCACUAUCAGCUCCCACAGACUUCCCAAAGGAUGAUGAACUUCAUUUUGAGAUUGAGAUGAUAGAUUUCUUCAAAGCCAAGGUUAUUAGUGAUGACUUGGGGGUUGUGAAGAAGGUAAUAACCGAAGGUCAGGGUUGGGAAUCUCCGAGGGAACCAUAUGAAGUAAAAGCCUGGAUUUCCGCAAAGACUGCUGAUGGGAAAGUGCUUGUUCCAUGUACUCGAGAAGAACCAUUUUUCUUUAACUUUGGAAAGUCGGAGAUACCUAAAGGUCUUGAGAUGGGAAUUGGUACAAUGGCACGGCAAGAGAAGGCAAUAAUAUAUGUCAGCAGUCAGUAUUUGACUUCAUCUCCUUUCCUACCUGUGGUAGAUGGUGUUGAAGAAGUUCAUUUUGAGGUGGAGCUUGUCCACUUUAUUCAGGUUCGAGACAUGCUCGGAGAUGGGCGUCUGAUUAAAAGGCGUGUUCGUGAUGGAGAAGGUGAGUUUCCUAUGGAUUGUCCUCUUCACGACAGCCUUCUACAAGUCCAUUACAAGGGCAUGAUUCUUAAUGAGGAAAAGGCAGUCUUCUUUGAUACGAGAGUUGACAACAAUGGUCAGCCUUUGGAGUUCUGUUCUGGUGAAGGCCUUGUGCCUGAGGGGUUCGAAAUGUGUGUUCGUUUGAUGCUGCCUGGUGAGAUAGCUCUGGUCACCUGUCCUCCUGAUUAUGCAUAUGACAAGUUCGCUAGGCCUGCUAACGUUCCUGAAGGGGCUCAUAUUCAAUGGGAAAUCGAGCUUCUUGGUUUUGAGAUGCCAAGGGAUUGGACCGGUUUGGACUUUAUAAGCAUAAUGGAUGAAGCAGAGAAGAUUAGAAACACAGGGAACAGGCUAUUUAAAGAAGGAAAAUUUGAACUUGCCAAGGCAAAGUAUGACAAGGUGCUUCGGGAAUUUAAUCACGUUAAUCCACAAGAUGAUGAAGAAGGGAAGACAUUUUCAAAUACGAGGAAUCUGCUACAUCUGAAUGUGGCUGCAUGCUACAUUAAAAUGGGGGAAUGCAGAAAAGCCAUUGAGACAUGCAACAAGGUUAUAGAGGCAAACCCUGGUCAUGUUAAGGCUCUCUACCGCCGUGGAAUGGCCUUCAUGGCUGCUGGAGAUUUUGAGGAAGCCAAGAGUGACUUCAACAAGAUGAUACAACUUGACAAGUCGACGGAACCAGAUGCAACAGCUGCUCUUCUUAAAGUGAAGCAGCAAGAACAGGAGGUUGAGAAGAAGCAACGGAAACAAUUCAAGGGACUAUUUGACAAGAAGCCAGGGGAAAUUUCAGAGGUUGGAACCGAAGAAAAUGGAGAUAAGGCUGCAGAUGUAAACGAGAAGAAUGGUGCUCAGGAGGAGGAUUUGGAUGGAGAUACUUCGGACACCUCUCGUGAAGUUGCGGGGAAUGCCGCUCAAACAUCAGCCCCGCAAACCUCAUUCUGGGCCAGAUUGCUCACAGUCCUUGGACGGAUAGGAUGGACCACCAUGCUUUUCAAUUUCACAUUCGUCUUUGUUCUGGCCUAUUUGCUGAACCAGUGGAUUAAUUAGACGGGUUCCUUUGAUUACGGUGGAAGACUAACAGAGAUAUUGUAGACUACAACAGAGAUCCAACUACCAAGUAAAAUCACACUUCCUAGGUUCUAUACUCCACGGACAAUGGAUAUACAAUUUCGGAAAAUCAGAAGUGACUGUAUUACGCAGCUCUAUUGUUAACGAGGUCAAAACGGGGUUGAUUUGUAAGGGUCCUUAUGAGCCCCCUUUCGUUUUCUUACUCCCUUUUCUAUAUGAAUCCUGAUCAUAAAAGUUUACAUUAACCUACGAACUAGUCACUGUUAAGCUGAAUUUACAGAGUGAUGUCAGAGUAGUCUAGCUAGUUUCGGGUGCAAACACCAGCC